CAUCUCCUGGUUGCAGUCCGACAGCACAGUGAGCAGCAAUAUCUCAGCAAUUUGUCUCUCCGAAUUAAGAAGAAGAAGACGAAGAAGAAAAAAAAAGAAAAACUUGUUGCUGUGUGUAACGCGGCGAUGUGGAUUUACAAGCUCAUUUUCGGACUCUUCGUCAUUUCUUGUUCUGAGGGCAGACGAAAUGCGCUCCAGGACUAUCAGAAGACUGAUGGCAUCCGAUUGGUUGUUGUUUCCCCUGAUUCCUCCUACCUGAGCAAAACCAGGAAGCUGAGCAUGGCCAGGUGUGCCAAAUCCUGCAGCCGCAACAAAAGGCUCCCCUUCACCUGCAGAGCAUUCCUCUAUGAUCAUAAAAACAGGAAAUGCCAGUGGCUGUCAUACGACAAGAACUCAACAGGAAUUCAGAGCCAACAGGACUUCAACUACCAACUCUAUCAAAAGAAAGACUAUGUAAGAGAGUGCAUUGUGGGUACAGGUCAGAGCUACAGGGGGCGGAGGUCAGUGACUGUGAGUGGGAUCCGGUGCCAGGCCUGGGCUUCUCCUUUUCCUCAUGAACACAAAUUCACAUCUAAGAGGUACAGGAAGAAGGACCUCAGCGAAAACUACUGUCGCAACCCAGACAACUCCACCAUCGGCCCAUGGUGCUUUACCACUGACCCUAGGCCAAGCUACAGACACCAGGAGUGUGGCAUACCACAAUGCUCACAGGUGGAGUGUAUGAACUGUAAUGGGGAAGAUUACAGGGGACCCAUGGACCACACAGAGAGUGGAAAAGAAUGCCAGCGCUGGGACCUGGAUGAACCACACAAACACCUGUACCACCCGAAGAGGUACCCUGACAAGGGCCUGGAUGAUAACUACUGUAGGAACCCGGAUGGACGCCACAGACCCUGGUGCUUUACCACAGACCCAAACACGCCUUGGGAGUACUGCAGCAUCAAAGUCUGUGAAACACCUCCCAAAAGUAAUGUGGUGGAAACAACCGAGUGUUACCAGGGCAGAGGAGAGGGCUAUAGGGGGACGGUGGACGUGACACCCACUGGACUCCCCUGCCAACGCUGGGACUCUCAGUAUCCCCACAACCACACAUUCUCACCUCAAGCCUACCCCUGCAAGGACCUGAGAGAAAACUACUGUCGGAAUCCAGAUGGCCAAGAAUUCCCCUGGUGCUUCACGACGGACCCAAGGGUCCGCACAAUGCUCUGCACCAACAUCCCUCAGUGCGGCACCCAAAACAAGCCUGGCAGUGACUGCUAUGAAAGCUUUGGAGAGAAUUAUCAAGGACAGCAGUCAAGGACUAGAUCAAACCUGCCCUGUGCUCCCUGGACAGACCACAGUAACAGUGGUGAGAGGGGCAUGCUGAUGGCUGGCCUGGAGGGGAACUACUGCAGAAACCCUGAUAAAGACAAACAUGGUCCUUGGUGUUACACCAACAACUCUGCCAUACCCUGGGACUACUGUACUGUAAAACCAUGUGAUGCUUCACAGAACGCCAUUCCACUGGGAGAGCUGUCCUCUGUGGGGUGUUUUGUCCAUAAGAGAACCAGGAUUGUGGGAGGAGGCCCAGUGAGCAUAUCAGAAGGCAGCUGGAUGGUCAGCAUACAGAAAGGGUCAAUGCACUGGUGUGGGGGUUCACUAAUACGAGAGGAAUGGGUGCUCACUGACAGACAGUGCUUCUCCUCAUGUGUUCCAGACCUCAGUGAGUAUCGGGUGUGGCUUGCAGUCUCUGAUAUUCGAGAGGGCGCUCCUGACUUGUCCAAGAGACAGGAAGUCAGCAUAGCUCAUGUGAUAUGUGGCCCCGAGGGCUCUAGUUUAGCCCUCAUAAGGCUGUCUAAGCCUGCCCUUCCUGCAGACAAUGUCCAUACGAUUCAGCUGCCUGUGGCCGGGUGCUCCAUCCCACAAGGAACAAUAUGUAAAAUGUAUGGAUGGGGCGAGACUAAAGGAACUGGCCAUGAUGACGUACUAAAGGCGGUUGACCUGCCCAUUGUCAGUAACGAAAGGUGCAGAGAGAUGCACAGAGGAAACUUCCACAUCACCAACAACAAAAUCUGUGCAGGAGGCAAGAGGAAUGAGGGAGUGUGUGAGAGGGAUUAUGGCGGCCCUCUUGUGUGUCAGGAUGGUGAGAUCAGGGUUAUUGUCGGAGUGAGUGUCCAUGGCAGAGGCUGUGCUCGGGCCAACCAGCCUGGCAUCUUCAUCAAUGUGCCCUUCUACACGCAGUGGAUCUACAAGGUCUUCAAAUAUUACCCCAACCUGGAGACUGCUUAGCCAGACUCAACAGAGAACAAAACAAAAUCAAGCCUAGAGCCUCUAACUUCUGUAAAUCCAAUGGUGCACUCAGGACACCUGGUUUCUAUGUUGUUCAUACUUGCGUAAACCACAGAUCAAUAAGAAACUGAUCUGAGGAUAGAUGAACGGAAGGGGAAACGCUGUGAUGUAAGGUUUAAACACAUCAUUAACAGACACCACACUGAUCCUGUGAGUCACUGAUGGUAAUUACAAAGAGGAAAAGUUGAUACUGUUCAUAUCUUUGGGAACGGGAAAUGAAUUGCUGAAGUAGCUAACAGGAAAAGAAGGGACCCACUGCAAGUUUUUUGUUACAGUGAAAAAAGAAAGAUGUUUCUUACUGAGUUCAAAGCAGUUCAGGUAAACAAAUAUUUUGCUUUCAUCCAUUUUCCACAAUUUUCUUUUGGUAGCAAAUCCACCAGAGCGGUAUGUGUGCAUGUGAAUACUCUUGAUUCCUGGCAUUACUUGAAUGUUUUAAAACACCAAAGUGCAGUGGUUCAGCAGCUGCCUCUGUAGAGUACAUGAAUGGGCCACUUAGAAAACUAUCCAGUGGUAGGGCAAUGUUAAGGGCACUCUAACCGAGCUCCAUGCAUCGCCAAGGGGCUUAGAUGAAGUGGCCCUUACUGUACAUAGUAUUUUAAUGGGUGUAUUUCUGACACUCUAAAAGUGAUUUGGGUCUUAUAGAUCUAUGACAAGAGAGAAUGAAUGUCAUGUUAGGCAGAUAAAUGAUGUACAGUGUGUUAUCUACAUUUCAGCUUUCAGUCAUGUUUCUGUCUCUUAAUGAUGUCAGCUGUAUGGUAACACCAAAAUAAACUCCAUUUCAGCGUUGUAAUGUUAUCACAGUAUCACUGACUGUACAUAUGAGGAUGCUCUUAGCAGUCUGUGUAGAUAGAAGGAAAUGUCAAGCUGGUCAUCCUUUAUAGGAUUUGAAAAAAAAAAGCAGAAAAUGCAACAUACAUGUCUACACACCAUCUCUUUCUAUCUAAAAGCUAAUAUUUCCUACAGCCUGUGUUAAUUCAUGAUGGGUGUGUGUGUGUGUGUGCGUGUGUGCAUCUGUUUU